GAAAUGGAGUCUGCUUCUGAAGAAAACCAAGAAAGAUUUCGUAUAAGUAUCAGAAUGAGGCCUCUCAAUACUCGAGAGAAAAUCUUAGGAGCGAAGCAAGCUGUCUUUGUUAAUGAAGAUCACAACAAAAUUUAUGUCCAUUCUUCAAACGACUCAGCUUCUUCAGGUAAUUUGAAUGAGUUUACCUUCGAUCAUGUAUAUGGAGAACUCUCCUCUCAGAGACAAGUGUAUGUCGACAAUGUGAAGCCAUUAGUUGAAGACUUCUGCAAUGGAUAUAAUGCAGCCAUAUUUUGAUAUGGACAAGCAGGAACAGGCAAAACACAUAACUUGCAAGGUGUUACAGAUUCGCCUUCUUUGCAAGGGAUCAUUCAGAGGUCAGUCAACGAUAUAUUCACGAAAGUUUGUGAAUAUCCCAAGAUUUUGAUAAAAGUGUCCUUCUUCAUGAUUUGCAGCGAACAAUGGUAUGACUUACUUCAAGAUCAUGGAGAGUCUCACUGGCUUAAAAAUGGCGACUACAGAGAAGCUUUCUUUGCUGGCAAAUACACGGCAACUUGUGCAAGCGAAGUGAUGGAAUACCACCAAAAAGGAAUCAACGAAGCAUGAGUUUGGAGUACUAAUAUGGGAGAAAUGACUACUAAAAAUACGCAUAUUUUCCAGAUAACACUUGAUGUGAUAGACAAGGAUGGAGAUAAUACUAUAAUAACAAACAGCACAAUCUCGUUUGUUGAUUUACCUGACUCUGCAAGGAUUAAUAGAGCGGGAAUUGGAGGUCAGAGACUUAAAGAGAUGACAAGAAUUGAAUGAGCUCGAAGAGGCCUUCCAUUACUCCUGAAAAGUCUCUCAAAGAAAAGCCAAGAAGGUGAUGAUAAUGAAAAGAAGGUUCAUAUCCCUUACAGAAAUUUCAAGCUUACAUUUUAUAUGAAGCAAGCUCUUGGAAACAACUGUAAAACUCUGAUACUAGGAACAAUAGGGCCGGCAGAUCUUAAUGCUGAAGAAACAUUGCAGACUUUAAAGCUGUUAGAUAAAGCAAAGUUGAUAAUAAAUUAUCCUCGACUUGUAAUUAACGCCAAGAGCUCGGUGUUGACUAGACUUAGAGCAGUUGCUUAUUGUUUUGCUAAUGAUGAAUUUCCUGAAAAAUUCUUUCCAGAUUGAAUCGAAAGUGAUGAUUUCCCUACCGAUCCAUGCAUUUUUCUCCCUAAACUCGCAGAGUGUUUGGAUACUAAAAAUGGAGAUGAAAUAUGCACUAUAAAAGACACAGAUAUAGGUAUAAUAUGAAAGAUAUCAUAUACAAAUAUGAAGCAAGUUAUUACUGAUAUUCUGACCCAUAUUCAACCUUUUAAGUUCGAUAAACUAUGCCAACUGGUUGAUAAUUGCGAAGAAGAGGUCCAAAAACCAAACUAUUUAGAGCUACUAAGACUUCAUUAUAAACACUGGAAAUCCGACUGACCAUCAGAAAUCCACCUCAAAUUAAAAGAUAUCAAAACCUCCCUAACAUUCAACCCCUCCUAG